UCUAUAUAUACCAAUAUAAGAUCAUCCACAUGGACCAAAUCUCUAAAAAUAGAUCCCAAAAUUCCACAACAAUGAACCAAUUCAAUGUCUUCUCAUCAACUACCAUUUUCCUCUUCCUCAUUGUAGUCUCAUCUAAAAUCACCACAGCCGUUGAAACCAAUCUCGUUCGAGAUAUCAACGGUCACCCUCUUAAACCUAACUACAGCUACCACAUCCUCCCAGUAAUCCGUGGUCGGGGAGGUGGCCUAACACUAACACCCAAAAACAAAACCGAAUCAUGCCCACUUUUCGUUGCACAAGAAAACCACGAAGUAUCCAACGGUUUAACCCUUAAGUUCUAUCCAGUCAACCCAAAAGAUAAAAAAGUUUCUCUCUCCUUUGACCUUAAUAUAGUGUUUGAUGCUGCUACUAUUUGUGUGCAGUCAACUGUUUGGAAAUUGACCAUUGACGAAGUGAGUGGAAGGGCUUAUGUGGGGACAGGAGGAAUGAUUGGGAAUCCAGCAGGAUUAGAAAGUGUUGAUAAUUGGUUUAAGAUUGAGAAAGCUGGAAAAGGAAAGGAUUAUUAUAAGAUUGUGUUUUGUCCAAGUGUUUGUAAGUUUUGUAAGGUUAUGUGUGGAGAUAUUGGUGUUUUUGUUGAAGAUGAUGGAAGGAGGUUAUUGGGUUUUAGGAAUGAACAACCUCUUUUGGUUAUGUUUAAGAAAGCUUAAUCAACAUGUGUUGGGAUAAUGUCACAAGAUAGUGAUCAUUAAAAGCUAUCAAAUUUAAUAUGUACAAUUUUAUUUUAUUUUUAUUUUUUUUUGUAUUUGUUGCAUUUUAAUAUGAAUUAAAUUCUUUAAGUUUCGAUAUAAUUUGUGAAAUAUGAUAUUUUUUUUUGAUUUCAUUAUACUUGAUAUGUUUUACUUUUUAUGCAAUUCAGUGUGUAAUUUU